CUCCUUCUUCUCCUCAGAAACGUUUUCGCUUCUUGGUCUCUUCCCCUGUCAAGAUGGCGGACCGUCGGCGACAACGAGCCUCCCAGGACAGCAGCGAAGAGGACGAGUCGGAUUCCCCUCCCGGGAGCGCCGCUCCUUCCCCGCGCGGCCCUCACCGCCUCGGCCUGGCCGGAGGGGGCGCCGGCGACGCCAGGAGCGGCGAGGCCGAGAAGGCGGAGGCGGCCCCGGAGCCGGUGGCUGGAGGAGCCAGCCCGGCCGACUCGGAGUGUGAAAGCGAAGACGGCAUAGAAGGAGAUGCUGUUCUUUCUGACUAUGAAAGCGCUGAAGAUUCUGAGGGCGAGGAGGGGGAAUAUAGUGAGGAAGAAGCAUCUAAAAUGGACCUGAAGCGGGACAGCAACGAAGCCAAUGGCUUGGCAACGAAGGCAGACAAAGGGGAUGAAAAACCAGAGCCUAAAGGCACCGUGGCAGGCGAGAGGCAAAGCGGGGAUGGACAGGAGAGUACCGAACCAACUGAGAACAAAGUUGGCAAAAAGGUUCCCAAGCACUUGGACGACGACGAGGACAGGAAGAAUCCCGCAUACAUCCCUCGGAAAGGCCUCUUUUUUGAGCACGACCUUCGUGGGCAAACCCAGGAAGAGGAAGUCCGUCCCAAGGGUCGACAGCGUAAGCUGUGGAAAGACGAGGGACGAUGGGAACACGACAAGUUCAGAGAAGAUGAGCAAGCCCCAAAAUCCAGGCAGGAGCUGAUCGCCCUGUAUGGGUAUGACAUCCGCUCGGCUCACAACCCUGAUGAAAUCAAGCCCAGGAGGUUGCGCAAACCAAGGUUUGGGAGCCCACCUCAGAGAGAGCCGAAUUGGGCUAACGAGCGGCCCAGCAAGCCCCCCCGACACAGCCUCGACAGCACCCCGGCGCCUCCCCGGACGUUCGUCAACCGGAACGCCGCAGGGACAGGGCGUAUGCCUCUGCCGAGGGCUUUCCCGAGGCCCAGUGGCUACAAAGAGACCCGGCCGAGCUACCGCGCCGUGGAGGCGAACAACCAGCACGCGCCUCGUUUCAGCGAGCACUCGAAGUACGAGAGCAAUUACCGGGCCAGGCGCUCUGAGCCGGUCCUGGCCCGAGAGCCUUCCCCCGAGCCGGAGGUCACACACGUUAAAAAGGAAGAGGUUCUUCCUGAAAGCCCGACAGCUCCUGCGGAUGCUCUGCAGCCCCCUCCCGAUAAGCCCGUGGAGAAGAAGUCCUAUUCCCGAGCGAGGAGGAGCCGGACCAAAGCUGGCGAGGCGGGGAAGUUGGCGGAUGAUGUCCCGCCUCCCUCGGGGUUGACUUCCGUGCCGCUGAAAGCUGCCGAGGUGAUGCCGUCCUCUUCGCCGGUGAAGACUGAAAACUGGGAAGUACCCAUCGAAGCCAGCCUAGACGAUCUGGAGCGAGACAUGAGCCAGAUGAAUAUAACCGAGCAGAACUGGAAUCAAGGGCAGCCUCAGUUCAUACAACCUCAGGGUAUUCCUAACCAGAUGCAUAUUGGAGCGGCCCCACCUCCUCAGUUCAACCGGAUGGAAGAGAUGGGAGUCCAGGGGAGCCGUGCAAAGCGUUACUCAUCCCAGCGCCAGAGGCCCGUCCCAGAGCCUGCUCCGCCCGUGCACAUCAGCAUAAUGGAAGGGCACUACUACGAUACACUACAGUUCCAGGGUCCAAUCUACACCCACAGCGAGAACCCUGCCCCGCUGCCUCCCCAAGGGGUGAUCGUUCAGCCCGAAAUACACCUCUCCCACCCAGGGUUGCAUCCUCACCAGGCACCUGCGCCUUUGACCAACCCCGGCUUGUACUCUCCGGUCUCCAUGCCUCCCGGGCAGCAGCCCCCACCCCCGCCCCAGCAGCUGCUGGCGCCGACUUACUUCCCUCCUCCUCCAGGAGUCAUGAACUUUGGCAACCCCAGUUACCCUUAUCCUCCAGGAGCUCUCCCGCCUCCUCCGCCUCCUCAUCUCUAUCCCAACACUCAAGCCCAGUCUCAGGUGUACGGAGGGGUCACCUAUUACAACACGGUGCAGCAGCAAGUCCAGCCGAAGCCGUCUCCUCCCCGAAGAACCUCCCAGCCGGUCACCAUCAAGCCACCUCCCCCCGAGGACAGCAGAAACGAAAAAUCCAAAGAGAGGAGCAACACCUAAGGACUCUGCCGUUUGCUGGCGUUCAGUAAAAGUGCUGGGGCUGACGGCCUUGGCAGGCAUCACCCGGGCGCAGAGCCCUUCCUUUCCCCUUGGUAACGGGCGAUGCAAGUGGAUGCAGGCGCUCCUGCUGUGCCAAACCACGUCAGUAUUGAGAUUGGGGCCAGGUUGUCCGUCAGGAGAGCAUCAGCGAAACUCGCAUCUCUUUGCAGCUCCCUCCCCCCCCCGCCCCAGAGGAUGGUGAAAAGACUUGAGCUGGAUGUUAAAGGUGUCUCUGCUCACGGAGAGCGAUAAAUGGUUCUCCUCGUUCUGUUCCCUUCUGAGCAAAUUUUUUUUUUGCUCAAUUUUUCUUUGUGUUGAACGUCCUGUUUGGAAGAACUUUGAUUUUCCUCUGUUCUGUUAAACUGGUUGUUGGCUUUCCUAAAGUUGGCGUGACUUUGUUCUCCGUGGCUGUCCAUGCCCAAUAAUGCAAUGUUAAAAAUAAAUCUUUUGGGGGGGUGUGGGGGGGGGAAUGUUCUUAGGUUCUUGCAUUGAAACUUAUCAAAGGGUCCAGGAAGGGGCCGCUGAAUUGGAGGAGCAUUGAUUUCUUUUUUUUCAGUUUCCACUUUUUACUUCUGGGGAAAUUCGAAUAAGCUCCAGCAGCCGUUGUCUCGAUGCCCUCAAAUUCUUGAUGCCCUCUGAUUGGCUGUUUUAGCCGCAACCUAAUUCUAGCCCCACCCCUCCAGCCGGAAUUAAGCCUGCUAGAAUAAAUCCACAAAUGUGCCCACGUGGGGCAAACAGGUAAGUUGAUCUCAGCCAGCCCCGAUGCCACCCCUUUCUUUAGAGUGCCGAACGAUUCCUCCCAAACCAACUCGGUUGCCCCUUCGCAGCAUAGGUCUCGCCUGCCAAGCCACAUGGCUUUUGAUUUACUUUUCCUGCAAUCUGUUACUUUUUUUUGUUUUAAUUUUCACUUUCUAAAUUACGCCAGGCAGGCAAAGCUUAAUGAACCAGCCUUCGGCUACGUGCGCUGGCCGAAGGAGGCACCGAGAAUUGGAGUCGGCUUAAAGUUUCUGGCCCGCCUGCUGCUUCCGGAUAGUCGUUUCAUGCACGUUUGUAAGUUUCCUAACUUGAAGCCCCAGGAGCCAGUGAACUUCCUUUGUUGAAAUCCCACUAAUCCUUUACAGUUUUAGUUUCGAACAAGUACAACUGGCAUUUUUGAAGGGGGAGAGAGAGAGAGCCCCUUUACGUUCUCAGUGUAUUUGGUGUUGUUUUUCUGCCUUAACGCUUGAACUGUAACAUAUCAGUCUUGAAAUUUUUAGACCUAAAAGACACUGUGAUAGCUAAAUUUUUUUUUGUUAAUAAAUUUGGUUUUUUUGUUCCCGUU